AAGGUGCUGCAAUUGUCAAGAUGAGAGUGUAGUCCUCGCAAAAUAUACUCGACAUUUGUGCUUAUCACAGUGAAUUCUAGCUCGCAAGAGUCAAAAAAUGCGUGCAAAACGUCUCUAAGUGGCGCCACGUGUUGAAAAGCAGUGAAAAAUUGUGCAAAUUGCCGCGGAAUUGCGACUUUCAAUUGUGGAAUGCAGAAAUCGUGAAUGCCGUCAUUUGUUAUUUUAUAGUACUGGAAUCCUGCUGCCAGAUAUAAUUUCACUAUUUACUUCCCCAUUCACUCCCGGUAUAGAGUUUUUGGGCAUACAUCGUUUCGUAGACUCGUGAGCAGUGGACAAGAGGACUGUGUGAUUAGAAUAAGAAUUUGUACACAUGCGAAGAGAAAUGAGGCGAUUAAAUCAAUGCUGGCUCAUUCUAGCAAUUCUGUAUGGCAGCACAAUUUGUUUUGCUGCAACAGAGAAGACCCAGGCUGAUGCAGCGUCAGCCUUGACGAGCAGUACAAUAAGUAACAGUGGCACACCCAAGGAUGAAAUUUACAUUGACGACGAGAGUCUCGAGGGAUCUGGCGGUCGAGGCGAGAUUCGCGAUGAUCUAGAGAAGGAGCCUGACUAUUCUGGAUCUGGUCUUGGUCCGGACGACGAGGACUCUACGUCGCAUCGCCACCAAUUAAAUCUCAACACAAAUAGGAAUAAGGAUAGACAGAGAGGUUCGUCUCUGGACUCUGAGGAUGGAUCAGGUGAUGGAGAUGAUGAUAUUGAGAUGGAUUUGGAUGAGAAACAUGAGGAGAAGAAACCCAAACCACUCUACCCCAACACAAGUGACGACGAAGACAUUGACAUCGAUGACCCGAGAACCAAUAGAAAGGAUAAAGUGAACCGACCACACGAGGACCCAGAAAUUGAUCUGACAGAUAUUGAUCACAGUCACAGUACUGAUCGUCCAGACUCGCAUAGUGAAAGCAAUAACGAGGUGUUCAUCAUGAAUACAAAGCCGGAAGAUCGAACAGCGUCCUUCUUUGCUCAGCCAGGAAUACUAGCAGCUGUUAUUGGUGGAGCCGUCGUGGGACUUCUAUGUGCAAUUCUUGUAGUGAUGUUCAUCGUGUAUCGAAUGAGGAAAAAGGAUGAAGGUUCUUACGCCCUCGAUGAGCCAAAGAGAUCGCCCGCAGUGAACUCUUAUGCUAAAAAUUCUAAUAAUCGUGAAUUCUAUGCAUGAGACUACUAAAAAUACUUUUUUUUAAGUGAGUUUCUUCUGUCAGAAGAAAUUAUGUGAGGGCGUCAGUUAAUCAAUUUGCAGCAAUUGCGAUUAUCUGAAUUGCAUGAAAGGAAGAGAAAGAGAGAAAGAAAGAGGGAGAGAGAGAGAGAGGAGUUGUGUAGAGUAAGGAAAAAGAAGCAGUAAUACGAGUAAUACCCAAUAAUUACGAAAGUAUGACACGGAGCUUAUUGAAUCCAGUUUUUUAUUAUAUAUUGUAUACUAUCGCGCAUAUACAGAAAACUAUUGUUUCCUCCCAUAUUAUUAUCAUAUUAUGAAUAACGUUUUUUUCUCUUUUCUCCUUAUAAUUUAUUUAUAUUCAGCCAUAAAUUUUGGCAAAUAUAUAGAGAAAAUGCCCCUCACUGUUUUUUGAUGUGUCAUAAUUGGUCCCCCGAGGUAGUUUUUAAGAUAUGGGCAUGAUCUUGUUUUCUUGGCUGAGUGGCUGGAAGAACUAUCAACUGUUUUCUGAAUAUCCACAAGCAAUUCUCAUAUUCGAGGCAGCGCAAAUUCUGAAUAACCCGUAACUUCGAGGAACUUUACGUUGGCAGUUAAGGCAUCUCUUUAGUUGCGAGGCAAAAUCUCAUCUACGGUUGAUUUCUGCAACAUUCGUAGAUUUUUACUCAUCGGAUGAAAAGAGGGACGUUGAUGUAUUCACACUGUUUUCUACGUAAAUGUUGAUUACUCAAGAAAAUGACUGGUAAAAAAAUGAAUGCUUCUCCUAUCGAUAACAGAUUAUAUAUGAAAAAGAAAGAGGGUUACAAUAAAUAUCGCAAUGUUUGUAAAUUAGAAAUAACAUAUUGAAUAAGUUAUAUUUAUAUUGUAUAGUAACUGUACAAUAGGAACACUAUCGAUUCACGCACAUGCUUCGAAUUUUGGUUUCAACUCUUGCUUCACUUUCUGCUCCCUGGAAUGAUAAAGAAUUUUCUUUGAAAACUGAUUAGAAGACAAAAAAAAUAAGAGAAAAAUAAUGUUUGAUGAGUAGAGUUUGGAAGAAGAAAAAAUCAUCGAUAAAUAUUAAAAUUAAGAUCACAGCUCUUAAAUUGUUUACCAGUAAAUUGUCAUUGGUGUUCAAUGUUGUGUACGCUGACCUACAUUACUUCGUAAAUGACAAUCGUAUGAAUAAAUUGUGAAAAAGAUUCAGUAUAAAUCAAAAAUUGAUACUCUCAGAAAGACAAUUCAAUAUGUCAUCUUCAUUUCCUAUGCAAAAACCACCAAGAGAAUCUCGAAAGAGGCAUUUGCCUUGCUGAAUUUUUCAACGGGACUCACAAAAACGGAGCAUAAAGCAAGAUUACACUGAGUAGUUUAUUAACACAUAUGUUUUUUAGUUAAAUUUCUCACCCUCACAAGAUGUCUCAGUAAAUUGCAUUCUCGUAAAUAGGAUAAAUCUUUUUGCAUAAAACGCAAUCUUUUUGAAAAUUUAGAAUGGAUAAAUAAAAUUUAUAGAGAAUGAGGGAAAGAGUUCAGAGUAUUGUAGCUUCUUUAUCAAAAAAAAGAAAAGAAAUAUAAAUACACAAAAAGUAAGAGAACUAUUUGAGCUUAUAAGAAACCUUUUGAUUUCCUUACUAACCUUAUUUAAACGUAUGCUCACCUUACAUAACAUGACAUAGGCGAGACCUUUUGCAUAGAGUCUAACAUUGAUUUAAUUUUUAUAGGACUUAGAAUUUGUGCCAUGUUUUAUACUGCUCCUAGUUAUAUAUGAAAUCAAAAGAAUAUAUUAGAUAUUGCCUUGACAAGGAGUGAAGACACAGUUGUCAUGCAUAAAUAGUUGCAUCGCAAAAAUUAUUUAAAGAAAUAUAUAUGAUAAUAGUCAUGGCAAAAACAUCCUUAUAAAAAUGUACCCAAAAUUAUUUGUUGGAGAGUCUAAUGAAGAGAAAUUAUAGUAAUAAUUACUGUAAAAGUGGAUACUUAUGAUUUCAGAGUCUUUUUCUACAUUUUUAAUUUAUAUAUGAAAAAAUAUCACCUUCCAUUCAUACAUUAAUUUAGAAGAGAAAAAAGGAAUUAGAAAUAAAUAAAGAAAAUCAUAAUACAUAUUAUUAAACGUACUAAAUAAUCUGGAUAGAUAGUAGCUAUUUAAGAUACUGUAUCGUGGGGACAAAAUCAGAUGUAAAUAAAGAUUCUGUCAAGAA